GGACAGGGAAAAGCGUUUUAAAAGUCAACAUAGCGAUACAGUUCGGUCAUUUCAGCUUUACUCUAACAUAUUAUCUGCAGGAACUGUUUUACUCUGUAUAAUUUUUCUUUCAACACAAUGAAAUGUGAAUAAUAUCAUCACUGCCUCCGCUCAUUCCCAUCUCGCUCCAUUGCUCACAGAUUUAGUGGAUUCAGCAGGUCGCUAGAACUUCUCUGUAUUUUCUAUUCCUCGCGCAGUCAAUGCCUGAUUUUACCCCCCUCAGAAUUCCUUAAAAGUCAGUGGGAAUUCUGCUGUUAUUAAAAAAAACCAAGAUGUUUAAUUCCAAGCUUUUGCAUGCUCUGUUUAUUCUACGGCCUGUAAUUUUCUUCUAAUCAGCAAGUUAAGUGAACGCUUUUGUUCAUUCCUAUUCUAAAUGCACUCAGCAUUACUAAUACUUAUUCAAAAUGUGUUUGUGUGUGUGUGUGUUUGCAUCUGGAUCCCUAUGUCUGUGUGUAUAUCAGCAGAUAAAAUAAAAAUACACAGCACCAGUAAGUUCAUAGGAAGUAGCGGUAGUCAAAAUGAAGUUUAAUAGAAUCACUGUUUAAGCUUGUUUUUAAUCUUAGCGCUUAAGCCUGUUAAAUAUAAUUAAUUUUACAAAAAAAAGGUGAAAACAGCUCUGUCUGGUGUAGUGAUAUAUGUUUCCAACAUCUCAGUCAGGAUUUGGACCCAGAUUUGGAUCAGCGAAGAAGGUUGGUCUGCACUUGUGAUGAGAUUGUUAAGGGAAAAAACCCUCAGGUACAGCAAAAUUGUAUUAGAAUUUGAAAGAAAUUUAGUAUGAUUUCAGCAAAGAAGUUUAAUACCUCUUAAAGUUGCGGACUUGCUCUCGGUGGCUUUCAAGCUGCUUACGUGCCUAUUGAGCAAGUGUUGAAGUUGAUUCACGCAUUAAAGAAGUAACAGCAGGGCUGAGGGAAGGUGCUGGAGGUAAGCCCUGGCCGCACUCAGCCAUCUUUCUGUGCCACUGCCUGCUGUCUCCCUGUGUCACGGCCCGUCUCUCUUCUCCUCUUGUUUCCCCUCCCCUUUUUUAUUUGGGACUGGAUGUAAGGAUCAGCGAACAUUAACGAAGAACGCUUGGAAGAGCAGCCUUCCGGCCAGGGCCGGCAGAAGAAUCCGUGCUUCUGAGAAGGCUGACGUUGCUCGUCGUUGAAAUACAAGGAAAAACGUGAUUGUGUUCAAUGCCAGUAAAACACAGGUCGAAUUAAAGGCCUACAUUGUAAAGUCAGUGAACAGCCGUGGCUAUUCCAGGGCAGCAUUUGCCUUCCUGCAGGUGACUGCUGUGGACCCUCCUCCGCGCUCGCAGCUCUGCAUGUUUCAGCAGAUGUUUACAGAGCAGCUUCUGUGUUUUCCAGAUCAGUUGGGCUUACCUACGGAAAGGCGAUGGCGUGUCAGAAACCUGCUCCUAAAAAUUCCAGAUUCUCCUGAAAAAUUUGUUGCGAAGAAGUGGCUUUUAUUGUCGGAGGGUGUUUUUAAGGACUUUUUUUUAAUGCAGACGUGUACGUGCGUGGAAACAUACACACAAUUUUCUUCUGAUUUUGUAUUUCAAAUGUGUUGCAUAGAAUCCAGGAGGCUGUCUCUCCUCUGUCAAUAUUUGGGACUGGUUAAUGAUCAACCUCUUGACCUCAUGGCUGUUCCUGGUGUACAUCCAAAUCCCUCUCCUGUCUUCCCCUAAAAAAAUAAAGAAAAAAGUGAGUAUAAUUGCAUGGUUCUGUUUAAAGUGAAGGCAUUCUGGAUCCUGUGUUUUUGGAAAAAAAAAAAAUACAGGUAGCAAAGAGGUAUGUGCUGCGGAAUCCUGGUAAAUUAUUCAGCCUGGGAAGGAAAUAUGACGAAAUACAAACUUCUGUCUUGUAACUUGUGCUGCCAGGUACGUGGUGGAUGGUUUCCUUAUUGGGGUGUGCACGUACGGUCUGACUUGAUGAGACUGUCAGCAAUUAGACAGCAGCUGCCGUCACCGGCGACUGCUGGCUGAAGCGUGCAGCUCAGACCUGGGCCCGCAUCCUUCCCCGAUCAAACAAAGCUGUCGCUGGAACGGUCUCCUGCUCCGCUGGGGCCUGAUCCCUGCCUCCCGUGUUCAUCACCGCGCUUCUAUUGCUUCUGUGGGCUUUGGAUCUGGGCUGGGGCACCCUCGGCACGUUGACUUGCAAACUCUUGGGAUUCCUGGGAUUUGGAUGCAUGCAGCGUCUGAACAACGGGCAUCAGGCCGAAAUGGGCUGGGUAGAAUUUGCUUGCUUUGUCCCUUCUCUUCUCCUCUUGCUUCUACUUCUUCCUCCGUUUUGCAGGCUAAUUCACCCUGGCUGGUUUUGUGACAAGAUACCAGUUUUGUUCUCCUUUUCCCUCUGAAGGCAAUCAGCAGGAAGUCGGAGUAUUCUGAAUGCUCACUGAAAUGGGGAGCAGUUCCUCACUUGUGGUGUUUCUCCUGCUGAUGUGCUCCAUCAACGGCAGCUCUCCGUUUUCAUACUCCGAAGAGAUUCGUCCAGGGAACUUGGAGAGAGAAUGCAAUGAGGAGAAGUGUUCAUUUGAGGAGGCUAAGGAGAUCUUCCAUUCGCAGGAGAAAACAAUGGAGUUUUGGUUCAAUUACAAAGGUUUAAAUCCGUGUAGUACAAAUCCCUGUAAAAACGGUGGAGUCUGCAAAAUAAGACACUACAGUUACUUUUGCAUCUGCCCCCCCAGAUUUGGAGGAGACAACUGUGAAAAAGAGCAGUUCGAGUGCUGGUACAAGAACGGCGGGUGCUGGCAGUACUGCCGGGACGGCAGCGCCUGGCGGGCGGCGUGUUCCUGCGCCCCGGGGUACAGCCUGCAAGAGGACGGGAAGAGCUGCCUGCCAGCAGCACCGUUUCCCUGUGGCCUGAUUAAAGCCAGGCAGGCGCUGGAGGAAGCGCGGCUGGGGCAGAACCGGCUCCCGAGGGGCCGGCGGGAGCACGGGGCUGAAGCGGCUGAGUGGAAUCAGAGCACGGAGUGGACACUUGGGCAGAUGGAGCUGGAACAAAGCAACACUGGGGAAAAUGAGACCGUCUUUGGGCAGAGCACGCGCACGGAGAGGGACACUGAGGUGGCGGGAGAUGCUUCCAGCUGGAACAAGAUGCUUGCGGAUGCUGUGACCCGGGAGCCGCUGGGAGAUGGUGCUGCUGGGCGGGAGGCGGGUGUUCCUGAGCACGAGGAGCCCCUGGAGGGGACGGGCUGGCCCGGGAGCAGCCCGGCCCCUUGGGGUGAGCCCACCCGGGGCCCUGCAUGGCCCAGCGAGACCACAGUGCCUGCUGCCAGGCGGCAAGAAAGGGUGGAAAAUGCUGCUGGGCAAAACCAAACCACGCGUGACGAUGGGCUGCACGGGAGCAGUGACUGGGGGAACGUUUCAGCCGUGCCUCAGUUCGCCCAGACAAACGUCAGCUCUACAUUAGAGCAGAAUGGCGCCAGGAUAACGGGAGGAACGUUGUGUCACCGUGGACAUUGCCCCUGGCAGGUGUUGAUCCGCAACAGCAGAGAUAUCGGUUUCUGCGGGGGGAGUUUAAUCAGCAGCCGCUGGGUGGUCACUGCUGCGCACUGCCUUGACCUCGUCAGACCACACCAUGUUACCAUAGGAGACUUCGACAAAUACCAAAGAGAAUUCAAAGAACAGAAGAUCGGUGUGGAACGGAGCUGGACGCACCCCCAUUACGAUUCAAAUGACUACAACAGUGACAUCGCCUUGUUGUACCUGAGCGGUGACGUUAUUUUUAACGAGUACGCGCUUCCCAUCUGCCUCCCCAGCCCUGGCCUUGCCGCCCUGCUGGGUGAGGAGGGGAGGGUGGGGAUGGUGAGCGGAUGGGGGGCCACGCACGACAGAGGCUCCACGCUGCGCUUCCUCAUGAAAGUCCGGCUGCCCAUCGUGGCCAUGGAGACCUGCCAGCGGGCGACAGAUAGACUCGUCACUGACAACAUGUUCUGCGCCGGGUACCGCGCUGAGGCCGCGGACGCCUGCAAAGGGGACAGCGGGGGCCCCUUCACCAUGUCCUACCACAACACUUGGUUUCUCUUGGGCAUUGUGAGCUGGGGCGAGGGCUGUGCUGAGGAAGGGAAAUACGGUGUCUAUACGAGAGUAUCCAACUACCUCCCCUGGAUUAAAGAGGUUGUUGAGAGUGUAGCAGAUUCGGAAAACUUUUCCGUUAACUUUUCCUAAUACCAUCUUUAAAAGGACCAAUUCAGAGUGUUUCAGUCUGAGGCGCUAAGCAGUUCCUGUCCUUAAUGGUGUAAAAUCAAUGAAUGGAGUCCAUUUACCAUGAAUGGUUAAAUUGCUUAUUCACGAAUUACUAAAAUACUUGUGUACAAUAAAGAACU